AUGGCCAAGAGGAAAGCUAAUGGGAGAAAGCGAUUCAGGACUAAAUUCACUCAACAUCAGAGGGAAAGAAUGUUUGAAUUCGCCGAAAGAGUUGGGUGGAAAUUGCAGAAGCAAGAUGAAGAGCUGAUUAGCGAGUUCUGCAGCAAAAUCGGAGUAGAGAAACGGGGUUUUAAGGUAUGGUUGCUCAACAAAAAGAAGAAUUCUACUUUGGCCAAUAGAGAUCAGCCCACAGCAGACAUAUUGCCUGAAUGCAUCAUUCAGAAAAUACUCUGUUAUCUUAGUUAUCGAGAAGCAUCCCGGAUGAGAAUUCUCUCCAAAACAUGGCGACAAGCCUGGCUGACUCAUCCGAACUUGACGUUCAGAGAUAUUUCUUCUGAUGAAGAGAUCAAUAUAGUGGAUAAAAUCAUGGAGAGAUACAGGGACGGGAAAAUCCCUAUAGAAAAGUUUGGAUUUAACGAAAUUUCACGUCCUCUUGUUUGCAAAGGAGAAGUUUUUGAUAAGUGGCUCGGCAUUGCUCUUCAGAAUGGAGUAAAAAUUCUGGAGCUCAUGUAUCAUGGUUUUAGAUUUUCAUCAAUUUUUAAAUUCCUGGCAGCAAAAUCGUUAAGAGAAUUGGUCCUAAUUGGUUGUGAUCUGACGCAUCUUUCAUUAUCUACUAGCCAUGUGGUGAACUGUCAUUCUUUGAGAGAGCUUUAUCUAUCUCAUGUCCGUUUAGAUGAAAACAUGCUUCAGACUCUACUCACUAGUUGUCCCUUGAUUGUCAAUUUAGUCAUUAACCGUUGUACUAGGUUGGAAAAGCUUGAGCUGCGGAAUCUUCAAAAUACCAAGUCACUCACUAUUAAGACAAAUUUUCACAAACUUGUUAAAAUCCAAGCACCAAAUCUUGAACACUUGUCUUAUUCUGGUUAUUCUUUGAAAGAUCUGGAUAUUGUUGAAUAUCAGAAUCUGAAAUCUUUAAGGAUAUCAUGUUGGAAGAUACCUGAUGGAUUUAUCGAGUACCUUAUCUCUAGAACUCACUUCCUUGAGAGUUUGAUAUUAGCUAAAAUCUGUAAAAGUUUUGACAUCUGCGGAAGUCAAUCCCUAAGGGUCUUGAAAAUUAAGAAUUGUGAGGACAUAGGAGUGAUUGAUGCUCCAAAUUUAGUAUCAAUCGAGUAUAAAGGAGAGUAUAUUCCUCGGCUAACAUUUGCAAAAGAAUCAAGCCAAUUGAAGCACUCACAUAUCAUUCUUGAUUGCUGCUACUCCAGUUUGAAUGCUUUGUGGUUUUGUCAGUUGAGGAGUUUUCUAUCAAACUCGAUCUAUUGGUCUCAAGUUUCUCUUAAUAUUCCCAAAUCCAGUGAGAUCAGUAGGGAACAUUUUCAAUUGCAUGAUAGAGUUGCUACACCCCAAGUGGACGUUUUAGAUGUAAAUAUAGAGUCAACUAGUUAUUGCCCCGCGUUUGUGGAUGCUUUGUUAUGGAGUUGUCAUCCUAGGAGACUCAACCUAUCAUCAACGGUCAAAAUUAUUACAUAUUUCACCUAUCAUUUAAUGCAUAUGAAGAAUUCGAGCCAUUCUACUUCUCAUGGAAGCAAGCCUCCGUUUAGUGAAUUAAAAGAAGUAAAAGCCUACACUUGGAACAAUCAGCCUGUGAAACUAAGAAAUGAGGAGCUGGCAAUAAGGGAUCUUAGGGGGAGGAAGGAAAUUUAUUUUCUAUUAGAUUGGUGA